CCUGACUCAUCAGCUCCUCCUUCCUACCUGCCGCCCAGCCCAUAAAGCGGUCCCCUCCCCGCCGCCGCCCGCCCUCCCUGCAGCCCGCCCUCCGGACAGUCCCGGCUCGCCCGCGCGCCUCAUCCGGAGCCGCCGAGCGGAGCCCAGCGCGGGGAGGGCGCGGGUCAGCCCCGAGGAGGAAGAGGAUGGCAGGGCCGCAUCCCAGCUGGUGGACCAGGCUGCUGCUGGCAGCCCUGCUGAGCGUCAGCUUCCCCGGGGACAUGGCGAACCUCUGCAAGAAGGCCCAGGUGAAGAGCUGCACGGAGUGCAUCCGCGUGGACAAGGACUGCGCCUACUGCACGGACGAGAUGUUCAAGGAGCGGCGCUGCAACACCCAGGCAGAGCUGCUGGCUGCGGGCUGCCGGCAGGGGAGCAUGGUGGUCAUGGAGAGCAGCUUCGAGAUCACAGAGGAAACGCAGAUCGACACCACCCUGCGCCGCAGCCAGGUGUCCCCCCAGGGGCUGCGGGUGCGGCUGCGGCCGGGAGAGGAGCGGCACUUUGAGCUGCAGGUGUUUGAGCCCCUGGAGAGCCCCAUGGACCUGUAUAUCCUCAUGGACUUCUCCAACUCCAUGUCUGACGAUCUGGACAACCUCAAGAAGAUGGGGCAGGAUCUGGCCCAGGUCCUGAAUCAGCUCACCAGCGACUACACGAUUGGAUUUGGCAAGUUCGUGGACAAAGUCAGCAUCCCUCAGACAGACAUGAGGCCCGAGAAGCUGAAGGAGCCCUGGCCCAACAGUGAACCCCCCUUCUCCUUCAAAAACGUCAUCAGCCUGACGGAAGACGUAGAGGAGUUCCGGAACAAGCUAAAGGGAGAGCGGAUCUCAGGCAACCUGGACGCCCCCGAAGGAGGUUUCGAUGCCAUCCUGCAGACGGCCGUGUGCACCAGGGACAUCGGCUGGCGCCCCGACAGCACCCACUUGCUGGUGUUCUCUACCGAGUCGGCCUUCCACUACGAGGCGGACGGCGCCAACGUGCUCGCUGGUAUCAUGAGGCGCAACGACGAGGAGUGCCACCUGGACGCCACGGGCACCUACACCCAGUACAGGACACAGGACUACCCGUCGGUGCCCACCUUGGUGCGCCUGCUCGGCCAGCACAACAUCAUCCCCAUUUUCGCGGUCACCAACUACUCCUAUAGUUACUACGAGAAGCUGUCCUCGUAUUUUCCUGUCUCUUCGCUGGGGGUGCUGCAGGAGGACUCCUCCAACAUCGUGGAUCUGCUGCAGGAUGCCUUCAACCGCAUCCGCUCCAACCUGGACAUCCGGGCUCUGGAAAGCCCCCGAGGCCUGCGGACAGAGGUCACCUCCAGGAUGUUCCAGAAGACGAACACUGGGUCCUUUCUCAUCCGGCGCGGGGAAGUGGGCACAUACCAAGUGCAGCUGCGGGCCAUCGAGGACUUGGACGGGACUCAUGUGUGCCAGUUGCCAGAAGCGGACCGGAAGGGCAACAUCCAUCUGAAGCCCUCCUUCUCCAAUGGCCUCAAGAUGGACGUGGACAUCAUCUGUGACGUGUGCUCCUGUGAGCUGCAAAAACAGGAGCGGUCAUCUCACUGCAGCUUCAAUGGGGACUUCAUGUGCGGACACUGUGUGUGCAAUGAGGGCUGGAGCGGCAAGACCUGUAACUGCUCCACUGGCUCCCUGAGUGACCUGGCGCCCUGCCACCGGGAGGGAGAAGACAAGCUGUGCUCGGGGCAGGGCGAGUGCCAGUGUGGCCACUGCGUGUGCUAUGGCGAAGGCCGCUAUGAGGGUGAAUUCUGCGAAUACGACAACUUCCAGUGCCCCCGUGCCUCCGGGUUCCUCUGCAACGACCGGGGACGCUGCUCCAUGGGCCAGUGUGUGUGUGAGCCUGGCUGGACAGGCUUGAGCUGUGACUGUCCUCUCAGCAAUGCCACCUGCAUCGACAGCAAUGGGGGUAUCUGUAAUGGGCGUGGCUACUGCGAGUGUGGCCGCUGCCACUGCAACCAACAGUCGCUCUACACAGACACCAUCUGCGAAAUCAACUACUCAGCGAUCCGCCUGGGCCUCUGUGAGGACCUGCGCUCCUGUGUGCAGUGCCAGGCGUGGGGCACCGGUGAAAAGAAGGGGCACACGUGUAAGGAGUGCAGCUUCAAGGUCAAGAUGGUGGAUGAGCUUAAGAAAGCGGAGGAGGUGGUGGAGUACUGCUCCUUCCGGGACGAGGAUGACGACUGCACGUACAGUUACACCGUGGAGGGUGAUGGCGCCCCCGGGCCCAACAGCACCGUCCUGGUGCAGCGGAGGAAGGACUGCCCUCCCGGCAGCUUCUGGUGGCUCAUCCCGUUGCUUAUCUUCCUCCUGUUGUUCCUGGCACUGCUGCUGCCACUUUGCUGGAAGUACUGCGCCUGCUGCAAGGCCUGCCUGGCCCUUCUCCCGUGCUGCAACCGAGGCCACAUGGUGGGCUUCAAGGAAGACCACUACAUGCUGCGCGAGAACCUGAUGGCCUCGGAUCACCUGGACACGCCCAUGCUGCGCAGCGGGAACCUCAAGGGGCGUGACAUGGUCCGCUGGAAGAUCACCAACAACGUGCAGCGGCCUGGCUUUGCCUCGCAUGCUGCUGGCAUCAACCCCACGGAGCUGGCGCCCUACGGGCUGUCCCUGCGCCUUGCCCGCCUUUGCACCGAGAACCUACUGAAGCCUGGCACCCGAGAAUGUGGCCAGCUGCGCCAGGAAGUGGAGGAGAACCUGAACGAGGUGUACAGGCAUAUCACAGGCGCGCAGAAGCUCCAGCAGACCAAGUUCCGGCAGCAGCCCAAUGCCGGGAAAAAGCAGGACCACACCAUUGUGGACACGGUGCUGAUGGCGCCCCGCUCGGCCAAGCAGGCCCUGCUGAAGCUGACGGAGAAGCAUGUGCAGCAGGGGGCCUUCCAUGAGCUCAAGGUGGCCCCUGGCUACUACACCCUCACUGCAGACCAGGACGCCCGGGGCAUGGUGGAGUUCCAGGAGGGCGUGGAGCUGGUGGACGUGCGGGUGCCUCUCUUCAUCCGGCCUGAGGACGAUGACGAGAAGCAGCUGCUGGUGGAGGCCAUCGACGUGCCCGUGGGCACUGCCACCCUCGGCCGCCGCCUGGUCAACGUCACCAUCCUCAAGGAGCAAGCCAGCGGGAUCGUGUCCUUUGAGCAGCCUGAGUACUUGGUCAGCCGCGGGGAGCACGUGGCCCGCAUCCCCAUCAUCCGGCGUAUCCUGGACAACGGCAAGUCCCAGGUCUCCUACUGCACGCAGGACAACACAGCGCAGGGCAACCGGGACUACAUCCCCACAGAGGGCGAACUGCUGUUCCAACCUGGGGAGACCUGGAAGGAGCUGCAGGUGAAGGUCCUGGAGCUGCAGGAGAUGGACUCCCUCCUGCGGGGCUGCCAGACCCGCCGCUUCUACAUCCAACUCAGCAACCCCAAGUUUGGGGCCCGCCUGGGCCAGCCCCAGUCUGCCACUGUCAUCAUUGGGGACAGAGAUGAACUGGACGGGAACUUAAUGGGCCAGACCCUGUCAUCACUCCCACUCCCCCGGGGUGACCUGGGUGCCCCACAGAACCCCAAUGCCAAGGCCACCGGGUCCCGGAAGAUCCACUUCAACUGGCUGCCCCCUCCUGGCAAGCCAACAGGGUACCGGGUGAAGUACUGGAUCCAGGGUGACUCUGAGUCCGAAGCCCACCUCCUCGACAGUAAGGUGCCCUCGGUGGAGCUCACCAACCUGUACCCGUAUUGCGACUACGAGAUGAAGGUGUGCGCCUACGGCGCGCAGGGCGAGGGCCCCUACAGCUCCCUGGUGUCGUGUCGCACUCACCCGGAAGUUCCCAGCGAGCCGGGGCGUCUGGCCUUCAAUGUCGUCUCCUCCACCGUGACCCAGCUGAGCUGGGCUGAGCCGGCCGAGACCAAUGGCGAGAUCACAGCCUAUGAAGUCUGCUAUGGCCUGGUCAACGAGGACAACCGACCCAUCGGGCCCAUGAAGAAGGUGCUGGUGGACAGCCCCAAGAAGAGGACGCUGCUCAUUGAGAACCUGCGGGAGUCCCAGCCGUACCGCUACACGGUCAAGGCUCGCAACGGGGCGGGCUGGGGGCCUGAGCGGGAGGCCAUCAUCAACCUGGCCACCCAGCCCAAGCGGCCCAUGUCCAUCCCUAUCAUCCCGGACAUCCCCAUCGUGGACGCCCAGGGCGGAGAAGACUACGAACACUUCCUCAUGUACAGCGAUGACGUGCUCCGCUCGCCGACAGGCAGCCAGAGGCCCAGCGUCUCUGAUGACGCCGAGCACCUGGUGAACGGGAGGAUGGACUUUGCCUUCCCGGGCAGCGCCAACUCCCUGCACAGGACGACUGUGAGCAACGCUGCCUACGGCGCCCACCGGAGCCCCCACCGGAGCCCCCACCUGCCCCACCGCGUGCUGAGCACGUCCUCCACCCUCUCGCGGGACUACCACUCGCUGACCCGCACGGAGCCCUCGCGCUCGGGCACGCUGCCCAGGGACUACUCGACCCUCACCUCCCUCUCCUCCCAGAGCCUCCCUCCCAUCUGGGAACACGGGAGGAGCAGGCUUCCGCUGUCCUGGGCCCUGGGGUCCUGGAGUCGGGCUCAGAUGAAGGGGGUCCCCCACUUCGGGGACUCAAGAGACUCUAUAAUCCUGGCUGGGCAGCCAGCAGCACCCUCUUGGGGCCCAGGCUCCCGCUUGGCUGCAGGUGUGCCCAACACACCCACCCGCCUGGUGUUCUCAGCCCUGGGACCCACGUCUCUGAAAGUAAGCUGGCAGGAGCCGCAGUGUGAGCGGGUGCUGCAGGGCUACAGCGUGGAGUACCAGCUGCUGAAUGGCGGUGAGCUGCGUCAGCUUAACAUCCCCAACCCCAGCCAGACUUCGGUGGUGCUGGAAGACCUCCUGCCCAACCACUCCUACGUGUUCCGCGUGCGGGCCCAGAGCCAGGAAGGCUGGGGCCCAGAGCGCGAGGGUGUCAUCACCAUCGAGUCACAGGUGCACCCACAGAGCCCACUUUGCCCCCUACCGGGCUCUGCCUUCACUUUGAGCACGCCCAGUGCCCCGGGCCCACUGGUGUUUACUGCCCUGAGCCCAGACUCUCUGCAGUUGAGCUGGGAGCGGCCGCGCAGGCCUGAUGGCGACAUCCUCGGCUACCUGGUGACUUGCGAGAUGGCCCACGGAGGAGGGCCAGCCACCACGUUCCUGGUGGAUGGCGACAGCCCCGAGAGCCGGCUGACCGUGCCAGGCCUCAGCGAGAACGUGCCCUACAAGUUCAAGGUGCAGGCCAAGACCACCCAAGGUUUCGGGCCGGAGCGUGAGGGUAUCAUCACCAUCGAGUCCCAGGAUGGAGGCCCCUUCCCACAGCUGGGCAGCCACUCGGGGCUCUUCCAGCACCCAAUGCCAGGAGAGUACAGCAUCACCACCACCCACUCCAGCACCACUGAGCCCGUCCUACUGGACGGAUUGACCCUGGGGUCCCAACACUUGGAAGCCCAUGGCUCCCUCACCCGGCACGUGACCCAGGAGUUUGUGAGCCGGACACUGAGCACUAGUGGAACCCUCAGCACCCACGUGGACCGACAGUUCUUUCAGACCUGAGCCCCCGACCCCCACCUCCUCUCCCUGGCGCUGCCUCAGCUGCUCCAUCCUUGGACCCCUGGCGGCCAGCCCACCCGCAUGCCGAUCACAGGGCUGGUGCCUCUGGCCACAGAGCAGGGGGUAGAGGUGUCCUCUGGGAGGCAUGAGGUGGUUCCGGAAGGCCCUUCGGCUGCCCUCCUACCCUGGGCCCAAGCCCAUUCGUAACCAAAGAGCUAGGACCAGCACGACAAGGUCCCAGCUUUGUUCUGCACUUAAUAAAAGAUUUUG